AUGACGCUCAAAACCCUCACCGCUGCCUCCGCCGCACAACUCGACAAAGACCUCAUGUCCGAGUCCAUGGGCUUCUCUAUCGACCAAUUAAUGGAACUCGCCGGCCUGUCUGUCGCCUCCGCUGUCUACAAAGUGCACCCUCCCUCACUCGGCACCACCAUCCUCCUCGCAUGUGGACCGGGCAACAACGGCGGCGACGGCCUCGUCGCUGCCCGCCACCUUUACCAUUUCGGGUACGCGCCAAGAGUAUUCUACCCCAAGCCUACAAACCAACCGAUCUUUGGGGGGCUAGUGAAACAGUUGAAAGCACUGGACAUCCCCUUUGUGGACACGGACGGCUUCGAAGCGGCGCUAGGUGAGGCGGAUCUGGUGGUAGAUGCGUUAUUUGGGUUUUCCUUCAAGCCGCCUGUGCGGAAGCCAUUUGAUACAGUCAUCCAACAGAUCAUCGACUCCAAAAAGGAAGUGUUGAGUGUAGACGUACCGAGUUGUUGGCAUGUGGAGGAAGGUCCGCCAAAGCAAGGCGACCUAGGCAGUCAAUUCAAGCCGAGUUAUCUGAUCAGUUUGACGGCACCGAAGCCUUGCGUCGAGCACUUCAAAGGGCAGCGGCACUUUGUGGGUGGGCGAUUCUUAGGCAAGAAGUUUGCGGAGGGGUACGGACUGGAUGUGCCUGAGUAUAAAGGCGUGGAGCAGAUUGCGGAGUUGCAGGUUGGGGCGAGGGUUGAGAAGUUGUGA